UUUCUUCUUCUUUCUUUCUUUCUUUCUUUCCUGGAUUUGAAUGUUGCGUUGCGAGAUUAGUCGGGGAAUAUGUGUACAUAAGAACAUUGCCUGAAGUGUUUCAGCUUCCUCCCGUUUCGUCUCUUCUGUUCUCUUCUUGCGUUUUGUUAGCAGCCUGGACGGUGAUCUCGUUCCGCAUUGUGAGAAGAGGAUCGGGAAUACCUUACUUAUUCUUCUCUGCCUCGAUCUGUCAUUUAGAUGAUUCUGUUUCUGAAGAGUUUCUUGGCUGUAUUUGUUUCAAUUUCUGUACAGUUUCUGAGAGGAAAUGUCAGCCCCUGUCAUUGAUGGAAAUGACCCAGUUACUGGUCACAUAAUAUCAACGACUAUUGGAGGCAAGAAUGGGGAGCCCAAACAGACCAUAAGUUACAUGGCAGAACGUGUUGUUGGAACUGGAUCAUUUGGUAUUGUUUUCAAGGCCAAAUGCUUGGAAACGGGUGAAAAUGUGGCUAUAAAGAAGGUUUUGCAGGACAGAAGAUAUAAGAACCGUGAACUCCAGUUAAUGCGUGUGAUGGAUCAUCCAAAUGUCAUUUCCUUAAAGCAUUGUUUCUUUUCCACUACUACGAAAGACGAGCUUUUUCUCAACUUGGUUAUGGAAUAUGUUCCCGAAACCAUGUUUCGGGUAUUGAAGCAUUACAGUAAUGCAAAUCAAAGGAUGCCAAUCAUCUAUGUCAAAUUAUACAUGUACCAGGUUUUUAGGGGCCUGGCCUAUAUCCACACGGUUCCUGGAGUUUGCCACCGAGAUUUGAAGCCUCAAAAUAUUUUGGUGGAUCCUCUUACUCACCAAGUUAAAAUAUGCGAUUUUGGAAGCGCUAAAAUGCUUAUGAAAGGUGAAGCCAACGUUUCAUACAUAUGUUCGCGCUUCUAUAGGGCACCAGAACUCAUCUUUGGAGCUACAGAGUACACAACCUCCAUAGAUAUUUGGUCUGCUGGUUGUGUCCUUGCUGAGCUGCUUUUGGGACAGCCUUUGUUUCCUGGAGAAAAUGCAGUGGACCAACUCGUAGAGAUCAUAAAGGUUCUUGGUACACCAACUCGUGAAGAAAUUCGAUGUAUGAAUCCAAGUUAUACAGACUAUAGGUUUCCACAGAUAAAAGCUCACCCAUGGCACAAGGUUUUCCACAAACGGAUGCCUCCCGAGGCAAUAGAUCUGGCUUCUCGAUUGCUUCAGUAUUCGCCCAGUCUUCGCUGCACCGCACUGGAAGCUUGCACGCAUCCUUUCUUUGCCGAACUUCGAGAACCCAAUGCCCGCCUCCCAAAUGGUCGACCAUUUCCACCCCUCUUUAACUUCAAACAAGAGCUGUCGGGGGCUUCUCCAGAGCUCGUCAACAAGUUGAUACCUGAUCAAGUGAAACGACAAAUGGGUCUUAAUUUGCAUCUAGCAGUGUCGUAAAUAUAGGCGUAUGUGCAGUUGGAUUCUUCUUGUUCAUGCGUGGUGCAAAGCCUACUGACCAACUCUAAGUUCAACUCCGCCUGUAUUAAACUGGGGCCAUUUACAUCACUAUACUCUGAGACUUGCAGGUCGGGGGGGACUAUAUACCAACUCUUCCUCGAAAUGUUGCCUUGUUCUGUCCAGCCAAAUUCCACCCAUCCCUCAAUCUUAGUUCCGAUGAUACCUCAAGUUGUUGUAUAUGUUUGGUAGUAUAUUGAAGGAAGCCAGAGUUUGACUUAGCAGAAAGCUGCUAGAAGAGGGAUAGUAGUAGAGGCCAAAUUGUGUAUCUUUAGUUAGGAAGAAGCGGGUAUCUAAUUCUAUAUGCGGCUGAAGACAAGCAGGGUUAAAAUCUAGUUGGUUAUUGAGUUUUGUUACCAGUUCCAGGGUGGUUUCAACAUGGCUGACUUUAAAUUGCAAAAACCUGUAGUUAUUAUUGUGUUCUAAGAAUCUCUCUUCCCUUCUUUAAAUUAAACACGAAUCUAUUUGUUCUUCACAUA